ACAGCUGCAGCAAUGGCUGAGGCAAUGAAGCUGCAGAAGAUGAAACUUAUGGCUAUGAACACUCUUCAGGGAAAUGGAAGCCAAAAUGGGACUGAAUCAGAGCCUGAUGAACUUAAUUCUAACACAGGUGGAAGUGAAUCCUCUUGGGAUAAGGAUAAGAUGCAGUCUCCUCUUACUGCUCCUGGACCCCAACCUGGAAUUGCUCAUGCAGCCCUGGCUAGUCAGCCUGGCCUUGGGGGUGGCCCUACUCUCAAUCCACUGCAGCAGAACCACCUGCUAACCAAUAGACUGGAUCUGCCAUUUAUGAUGAUGCCUCAUCCCCUAAUUCCAGUCAGUUUACCUCCUGCUUCAGUUGCCAUGGCAAUGAAUCAGAUGAACCAUCUCAAUACUAUUGCCAAUAUGGCUGCUGCAGCCCAGAUUCACAGUCCACUCUCCAGAGCUGGUGCCUCUGUUAUAAAGGUAAGAAUCAUGAUUUAG